AUGGCAGAUACUAUAGUUACAUCUGACCAAUCUUCUACUUCCUCGCUAAACGCUACCCGAAUAAUCUGUCAUGUAUGUCAGAAGCAGUUUUCUCAAUACACAUGUCCUCGAUGCAAUUCACGAUACUGCUCCCUCCCAUGUUAUAAAUCUCAUAGUCUUUGUUGUACUGAAUCCUUCAUGAAAGAAAAUGUUGUUCAAGAGCUCCAGCAAAUGCAACCUGAUGAACAAACCAAAUGCACGAGAUUUCAUGGAUGUCUCCCUAACCAAACUAGUUCUGAUCGAGAAAAGUUAGCAAGUUCAAAAGGAAAAUUUGCUCAAUACCUUACCGGAAUCUUAGAGGUGUAUUUCUCUUACCAUUGUGACGCAUACAACACCAAUGGAGUUUACCUUCAUGACCCUACAGCGUUGCUUGCAGCCGUUGAUCCUUCACUCGUAACUUGCACAGAAGGUGCUGUUAGAGUCCAAACCAGUGGCAUAACAAGGGGACUUACAAUUCUCUACAAUAAACAGAAAAGGGCGGACUAUAACCCGGAUCAGUAUUUGUGGGAAAAGGAAUUCUCCCUCGCUGGUAGGACGUACCAAAGGCAGGAUUUGGAGGGUUCAUGCGGCUCAUGUUGGGCGUUUAGCACAACCGGAGCUUUAGAAGGAGCACACUAUCUGGCUACUGGGAAACUAGUUAGCCUUAGCGAACAACAGCUUGUGGAUUGCGAUCACGUGUGUGAUACAGAGCAAGCUGGAUCAUGUGACUCGGGCUGUAAUGGUGGAUUGAUGAACAAUGCAUUUGAAUAUUUACUCCAGUCUGGGGGAGUAGUGCAAGAAAAGGACUAUGCUUACACAGGAAGAGAUGGCUCCUGCAAAUUUGACAAAAGCAAAGUUGUUGCUUCCGUGUCUAAUUUCAGUGUGGUUUCCUUAGACGAAGAACAAAUUGCUGCAAAUCUAGUAAAGAAUGGCCCUCUUGCAGUUGGUAUUAAUGCAGCCUGGAUGCAGACAUACAUGAGUGGCGUUUCAUGCCCAUGCGUUUCAUCAAACAAUUCCUACUCUUGGUGA